AGCCCCGAAUGCGCAAGCGCAGGGAGGAGAAAGCGAGGGUGGGAGACCGGACGAUCUUUUGACAGCGGUUCCGGGGCGGGGACCUCGGAAAGAGCCCGGAUCGAGUGCGGGCCCCGCAGCGACAGCGAUGGCAAUUUUUAGUGUGUAUGUGGUGAACAAAGCUGGCGGCCUGAUUUAUCAGCACGACAGCUACGCGCCGCGGGCUGAGGCUGAGAAAACUUUCAGUUACCCGCUGGAUCUGCUGCUCAAGCUGCACGACGAGCGUGUGCUGGUUGCCUUUGGCCAGCGCGACGGCAUCCGGGUGGGCCAUGCAGUGCUGGCCAUCAAUGGCGUAGACGUGAACGGCAAGUACACGGCCGAAGGGAAAGAGGUGCUGGAGUAUCUGAGUAAUCCUGCUAAUUACCCUGUGUCCAUUCGCUUCGGCCGGCCCCGCCUCACCUCCAAUGAGAAGCUCAUGCUGGCCUCCAUGUUUCACUCGCUCUUUGCCAUUGGCUCUCAGCUGUCCCCUGAACAGGGCAGCUCAGGCAUUGAGAUGCUGGAGACAGACACAUUCAAACUGCACUGCUUCCAGACGCUGACAGGGAUCAAAUUUGUGGUGCUGGCAGAUCCUAGGCAAGCUGGAAUUGAUUCUCUUCUCCGAAAAAUUUAUGAGAUUUACUCAGAUUUUGCCCUCAAGAAUCCAUUCUACUCUCUGGAAAUGCCCAUCAGGUGUGAGCUGUUUGACCAGAACCUGAAGCUAGCUCUGGAAGUAGCAGAAAAGGCCGGGACUUUUGGACCAGGAUCAUAGCCUAAACUUGCUUUGGGUUUCCAAAUUCAGAGAAGUCUUAUAGCAGGGGUUCCGCUGUUUCAACUCCCAACAGGGCACCCAGCAGCUUUGCUAGUGUACUUGAUUUUUUUUUUUUUUUUGGUGCCGGGGAUCCAACUUGGGUCCUUGCAAUUGCGCAGCAGGCGGCAAAACCACUGAGCUAAAUCCCCGGUCCUGCUAUUGUACUUGAAAACGGAGAAGGCCUAGCUUGAUGACACAUGUUGAUCCCUGAGCCUUAACGCCAUGUUCUCUUCCCUUCUGUAUAUAUCAUGGUCCUUCCCAACUCUGUACAGAUUUAUUUAUGGUGGAGAUAGGGCCAUAAGUGCUGUAAUAAACAUUCUUUUGAUCCAGUA